AAGAAAGAUAUACAUAAUUAAUAUGAUAAAGAGUAAAAUAUUAAAAUAUCAUUUCUAAACACCUUAUUACUUUAUCAAGUUUCUCUUCGAUCGGAACUCUCUUAGAUAAAAAAAUGCUACCUGAUACGAUAGUCAUCUUUUAUCUAUUAAAUUUUACACUAUACAUACAUGCAUAUGAAGAAGUCUAUUUAAAUCUUAUGGAUGAUGAAUUUUCACCACUAUUGAGUAGUUCAAAGUUUGUAGGGGGACAUCAACGUAGAAAUGUUCAUGAUGGAUUGAUUCAAUCUUAUAAGAAUAAAGAAGAUAUACUUAUCAACAAUGUAUAUAUAAAUUUUAAUUCUCCAUAUCAUCAUAAGAACAAAAUAAGAAGACUUCGAAUAUUAAAACUUCGAUCUCUUCCAGAAAAAUUGAAUAUUACCAUCAAAUCCGAAAAUAGCCUCUCAAUCAUUCAUGAUUAUGUUUAUGGUUGGAAUGAUAUUCCUAUUAAAGAACCUAUUCUUUCAAAUAGUAUUGACAUUACAAUCGAAAAUACUUCAUAUCCUAAUCUGGAAAUUGGAGAAUGGUAGAUUUUCACCAGUCCCAAAGUAUACUCCUCCUGCAACGAAUGGAGUAAAUAUUCAAACGAUUCUUUAUUGAGCAAUGUAUAUAUCUAUGGGACUGAAGAAGCGUCAUUAGUGGAUGUUGCAAGAACAGAAAGUGGUUCAACGUGCAAAUCGUCAAGUGGAAAUUGUAAAUUUGCUUUUAAAGAUUCAAUACUCUUACAAGACGAUAUGUGGGAGCCAUCAACAACAAAUGAACGUGGCAUAUUUAUUGAAGUUCUAUUUUUUAAAAGAUACAUUAUAAGAGAAAUUAGUUUAAAUCAACCUCAAGAAAACGAAAUAGAUACAAUCAAUAUUCUAAACGAAGGUCCUCCCAUAGAAAUGCAAUUGAACAAGAAUGGUAAUUUGACAAUUAUUUCCACUGAAACGCAGACCAAAUAUUUGAACUUUUUAAUAAAUAAACUGGAAAAGAGAUUCGUUGGAAUUUAUGAAAUAAAAUGUUUCGCCUACGUUCCUAAAGUAAAGAUGAUACAGUGUCAAAAACUUGCUAGAAUCAUAUCUGAGAAUUUAGCUCCCGAUAAAGAUAGUCGUUUAAAUGAAUACCAACCAAAAUCUACAGAACACUGUACAGUCUCAAAGUUAUUGGAUAGAGAAAAUUUAAUGAAAGUUAGAGUUUGGAUUAGAAAUCGUCGAUCAAGGUCUUUAUGCAACGACUUGGAUGUAUACAAGCAGAAUGAUGACAAAUGUGGAUUAAACAAAUAUAUAAAAUGUAAAUUGCAGUUCAACAAUGAAUCCUAUGAAUUUUCUGGACGACCAAAAACUGAAUUACUUUCAAUGAUAUCUCAUGGAGGAAAAGGUAUUGCUUUAGCAGAUUUCAACGAAAGAUUAAUAUACAAAAAGAAACUGUUUAUGAAAUAUGUUAAACAUACAACUAUAGCAGAACUAAAUGUUGAAAGGAGUGUAUUAGAUAUCCUUGAAGAUUAUUCAAAUGAGAUUCUCUUGAACAGUCAAAGAAUUGAAUUAAGACAAUUUUUUUCAAAUGUUACAUUUGAUAUAAUUGUUUCAAUGAUAAUUGGGCAAAGAGUACCGUUGAAAGAUGAGAAAUUGAAAGAAUUGCGAAAUUAUUUCGACAUUAUAGUGAAAUAUUUAUACGAUACUGAAUUACAAAUUUAUAAUGUUCUCCCAUGGAUGAAAAUGAUUUAUCAAUCGAAAAAAUUUAAGGAAUUUAAGAAGGCAAUCAAUAAGCGCGAUGAGAUUUUGUUAGACCUAUUGAAGGAAUACGAUGUUAAUAAAGAUUCUACGGAUAAAAAUGGAUUCCACAACGCACUUGUAAGAGACUCUGGAGAGAUUCUUGAUAAGGAUGAAAUAUUUGUAAUUAUCUUAGAUACAAUAGCUGGAGGUUUCGAAACUUCUACAGUAGUUCUUCAAAUGUUUUUUGCAUUAAUUAUCAAAUAUCCAGGUGUAAAGGAGAAGGUUUUAGAAGAAAUUAAGACAGUUAUUGGAUUUUCAAAAUCUCCAACUUAUUCUGAUAAGGCAAGAAUGCCUUUUACAUCAGCAACAAUUCUUGAGGUUUUGAGAUGGAUAAGUCAUAUUCCUCUUCUCUUACCUCAUAAAGCAGUUGUAGAUACGAACCUUAUGGGCUAUCGUAUUCCGAGAGAUACUAGCAUAUUUGUAAAUGUUGCCGCUGUUCAUAAAAAUGAAAAAUUUUGGGGAGAUCCACAAAACUUUCGACCAGAAAGAUUCCUUAAAGAAGAUGGCUCUCUCCUAGAACACCAAGAAGGAUGUAGAAAAUAGUAAGUUAUUUAAAAUAUAAAGUCAAGUUUUAUCUUGCAAUCUUAUCUUAUUCUUUCUUUAUUAUUGAAGUAUUUUUGCAUUUGGCGCUGGACGUCGAGUUUGUCCUGGAAAGAAAUUCGCCGAUCAUCGUAUGUUUUUGAUAAUAGUAUAUCUAUUACAAAAAUUUAAUAUCGUUGCUAUUGAUCACGAAGAAAAUAGUAAAAUAACUUAUGAACCUGAAAAAUGGAACUCUGAACUUGUUACUAAUCCAGGAAAAUUUUACGUAAAACUCUCCGUGAGAUAAUCUGCUUUCUUAUAAAUCAUUUCUUUUAUUCUUUCAUUUUAAUAAUGUUUUUAGAGAUAUUUAACGAAUAAAACAGUAACAGUCUUUCGUUUUCCUUUAAGUGAGAUAAAGAUAAAACAAAGACAACAAUUAUUAGAGAAGUAUCAACGCUACUAAACUCUUUUUACAUUAACUUGUAAAUACACAAUGAAAUAUUAACAUGUUAUUCUGUAUACCUAUAGAUAAUAGUGUAAUUAUAUUAUAUGUUGCAUUAUGGGAUUUAAUAAUAAAUGUUUUUAUCUGUCUAUAAUAAUGUUUGUAAAUAGUCCUUUUGCACAUAGAUUAAAACCUUAGUAAUUAUAGAUUUUAUCCUUUCCG